AUGCACGAAUAUGAAAAAAAUUGUACUCUAAUAGUUCCACCAAUUGUUGGUGGAAGUCCACCAUCUUCAAAUGAGUUACAGAAACGACUAGAAAAUCCUGAUGAUAUGGAGAAAUGUAGAGCAUUACAAGAAUUAAUUAUAUGGAUGAUACAUGGUGAAGCAUAUAAAAGAUUAUUAAUGACAGUUAUUAGAUAUGUAGUACAAAGUACAAGUCAUAAAGUUAAAAAAUAUCUUCAAUUAUAUUGGGAAAUUGUAGAAAAAUGUGAUAAUGAUGGGAAUUUAAAAGAAGAAAUGAUUCUAGUUUGUAAUGCUUUACGUAAUGAUUUACAACAUCCAAACGAAUAUAUACGUGGUUCAACUUUACGACUACUAUGUAAUUUAAGAUUUUUAAAAAUUAUUCAACCUUUGAUUGAGGCAAUACUUGCAAAUUUGGGAAAUAGGCAUUCAUAUGUUAGACGUAAUGCUGUAAUGUGUAUAUACUCCAUUAUUCGAACUUUUGGUAUUGAACUUAUACCUCAUGCUACUGAUGAGAUAGAAAAACUCCUUUUAAUAGAAGGAGAUGUAUCUACGAAAAGAAAUGCAUUUCUUGUAUUAACGAAUUGUGAUGUUGAUAGAUCACUAAGAUAUAUUCUAUCAAUUCAAGAUAAUAUCCCUUAUAUGGGAGACUUUGUGCAAAUGGUUUUACUAGAACUUUUCAGAAAAAUAUAUCGUGGAUAUCCUCAUCAUAGAAAUACUCUACUUCAAUUAAUUGUAAAUAUUGUUCAGUAUGGAUCCCCUGCUAUUGCUUUUGAAGGAGCAAAUACUUUAAUUACAAUUGGAUAUUCUACAUCUACAAAUUCAAUAAAGACAGCUAUACAAGCAUAUAUUAAUUUACUUUUAACUCAUUCUGAUAAUAAUGUGAAAUUUAUGAUUUUAAGUCGAUUAUCUCAAAUAACUCACCUAACAUCAGUAUUGUAUCUACUACAACAGUACUUUAUUCUUGAUAUUCUCAGAGUAUUAUUGUGUACUACAUCACAGUCAAUACUUAUUAAAAUUUUAGAUAUGAUCUUAUCAUCUUUAUUAACAAAAGAUAAUUGUAUGGAAACAUUUAAUUUUUUAAUGAAACAUUUACAAACUAUUAAUUCAUCAUUUUCUAAUUCUUCUACACAAUCUGAGGUCCGGCAACUUCAACAAUCUCAAUUGACUGUGUUAAGAUCUCUACAUUCAAUUACUAGAAAAUAUCCACAGAUUACUUCUCAACAAUUAUUUGAAGUUUCAAUCAGUUAUCUUGGUAAUAAUGAUGCUAUUUUUGUUAAUGAAGUAAUGCAGUUUUUACGUGAAAUGGUCAUUAGUCAUCCAAAUUUGCAUUCAGAAAUUACUCAAAAAUUACUUUGCCAAUUAGUAUAUAUUCAAUUUAGCAAACCAAUUAGAACUUGUUUAUGGAUAAUAAGUGAAUAUAAGGGCCAUGAUAAAGAAAGUAUUCAGAAGAUUGUUGAUAUGAUUUACAAACUUUUAAUACCUUUACCUCUUCAUAUUAAAUGUAACCAUAGAACAGACGAGUCAAAAAUAGAAAAGAUUGAAAAUAAUUCAAAUGUUGUUACAAAAACAAUUAUCUUAGAAGAUGGUAGUUAUGCUACUCAAGAUAUUAUUAAUCAUUCAAUAGAAAAUACUUCAAAAAUUGACAAUAUUAAUAAUUUUAAUAUAGACAAUGAGAGUUAUCUUAGAAAAUUAAUAACAAAUGAUAAUGAUUUACUUUUAAUAGCAUGUCUUGGAGUUUCUUUAAUAAAAAUUAUUCUUAUUCCAACAUAUAACAAUAAUGAAAUUAAUCUUCCAAUACAUACAUAUAACCAAGCUCUAUAUAUGAUUGUUUGCUUCUUAAAAUAUAGUAUUAAUGAAAAAAGUAGUGGUGGUUAUAUGAAUGAUACUACCAGAAGACUAAGACAAUGUUUACAUACUAUUAAAUCUAUAUACAAUAAUAUUGAAUCUGGUGGAUCAAAUGAACCAACAAGUAACAUUAUUAAACUUCGUGAUGAAUUAUUUUCAACAGGAGAUAAUCUAAAUUUUGAUAAUUCAAGUCAAACAAUAUCUCAAAUAGGUGAUGAGUAUGAGGUUCAACAUGAACCUAUAAAAGUUAGGCAGCCAUUUACAACUUUAAAUUUUAGGCAAUUAAAGGAAAAGGUGAUGCUAAGUGGAUAUGAUUUAUUACAAGUUGAAGAUGAUAUUGAUCAAUAUGAAGAUCCUUUCAAGAUAUGUACCAAAAAUCCAAAUAAUACAGAUAUUAUUGACUGUAAUUCUCUUAAACGUAUUUAUCCAAUUACAGGCUUAGAUGAUCCAGUUUAUAUUGAAGUUAUUGUACAAGUACAACAACAUGAUGUGCUUUUAGAAUUAAUUAUUAUGAAUAGAGCUAAUACAGCUUUACAAAAUAUCCAAAUUGAAAUAUAUCCAUAUGGAAAUCUUCAAAUAGUUGAGAAACCACAAAAUAUUAAUCAUCUAGAUCCUUCUGAAGUGGUACAUUUGUAUUCAACAGUACAAGUUCAAUCUAUUGAAACUGGCAUACUAUUUGGUUUUGUUACUUUCCAAUUAAAACCAAGUGGAAAUAGCCAACUGAAUACAAAUAUUUAUUCUAAUGAUACAGUAGUCUUGAAUGAAAUAAAUAUAGAUUUAAUUGAUUUCAUUUCAUGUAAGACAAUACCUCCAUCAUUAUUUAGACAACUCUGGGCUGAAUUUGAAUGGGAAAAUAAAAUACCAAUACAUACAUUUUGUACUUCAUUUGUGCACUUUUUGAAAUUCAUAAUGUCACAAACAAAACUUUCAUUGAUUGGUGUCAAUCCAAAUGACAUUAAUGACACUGAUUCAUAUAUAAAUAAAAUGAGUGAGAACUCCUCAUUUUUUGCUGCUAACUUGUAUUCUAAAAGUAUAUUUGGAGAAGAUGCCUUAGUUAAUAUCAGCUUAGAGAAACAGCAUACUUCAAAUAAUUCAAAUGAAAAUAAGACUAUAAUUGGUACUGUCAGAAUACGUAGUAGAACCCAAGGUAUUGCACUUUCUUUAGGAGAUCGUAUUGUUUCUAUUCAACGCAAAAUACCUUCAGAUACAUCUAAUUUUAAUUGUAAUCAACUUCUAAAUAUCAACUUUAUAGAGAUACUUUAG